ACUAAAACAAUUAGAAACGAAAAUUGGAGCGAACUCGUAAUUCAACUUGAUACCAUCUCCCUCCAUUUCUCUCUCACUCCCUCGCUGAUCCUCUCGAACUCAAGUUUUGAUGUAGUUCGGCUUCCCGCGAAGAUUAUUGAUCUCGUAACUUUGGUCGUCUCCGGCUUCGAUUCAGAUAAUAUUGUCUCCUAUUGCGCAUGCUAGGAGUGAAGUCUCAUUUCGUGCUAAAGGUUCAACAUAAAUAGGUUCAUUCAAACUUAAUUCUUCGGUUCGUCAGUCAAAAUUAUAUCUAGUCAUUGUAGAGUAUGGACGAUUAGAAAGAGCUAUUGCGGUUUCAGGAGAAAAAUAGUUCACGCAGUGGAAUUUCAAUUUUCUAGACUGAACGCAUGAUUUAUCGACGGAACAAAAAUAUCGAGCUGUUAUUUCGUCCGCAGAGCAUCAUUCUCUGCUAUGAUCUACUCACUGAAUUUUAUUUGUUUAUACCUGCAAUCUUACAUUUUUGAAGUAAUGCGGUUAUGUACUUCUAUGAAAAGUUGCUUAGUGAUAGAAAAUCAAGAUAUGUUUUCGUGAUAAGUGGCAUAUUUUGGGAAGAGAAGAAUGCAUUCUCCAGAGUUGGAUUAAAUUUUUAUGAAGAGAUGGUGCAUAAUUUCCUUGCAUGACUGAGCAAACCUGAAUGUUGAUCAUAUCUUAUUGUGCCAAUUCCGUUGCUAGAAUGCUUCAAAUAUCAAUAGACUGUUAACCUUCUCAGGUAUUUGGGAAUUUAGAUUUUGAAUUUCAUCAUAAGUGUUCGUAAAAGAAAAAAUCAUUAUAAUUUUCUCGCACGUUCAACUUCUGAUGAACAGGCUGUGUUCAUGGCUGUUGCUGUAUUCGUCCCGUUUAACUCUUAUGUUUCAGGAGUGCUUUUUUGUGUAGGGUCCGCUGUCCUUGCUGGUGAGUACUAUAGAUGUUUUACUAUCUUAAAGGGAAACUAUCCAUAUGAAGACAGAGACAAUUCGCGGUUCUGUCUUAUAGCUGCAGUUUGUCUCCGCAUUCAAGUGAAGAAGACGAGGAACUCAAGGUUUCCCAUCCAGAGCGAGCUUUUGCAGAUUUUGUUCUCUCCAUUCUGUUACUUACUGCAUCUGAUGAUUAUGAAUUUCUUGGUUAAAAUUGGCUAACCUUUGGUUUUGCUUCGAGUCUUCUACCUUCUUUCAUCGAACUUCUAACAUUAGACAUAGCUCGAAGUUGUUCUUGUGCCAUUUUAACACUAGUCAAAAGAUUUGAUCUAUUCUUGCACUGUUUUUAAUGCGAUGGACAUAUUUAAACUUCUGACAGGAAAAUCUUGGUAACUCGUUUGGCUGGAGAAUCCUUGAUGCUUAGAGAGGAGGGGUAUUGACUCGUCUUCAAUCUUUUGCUUAACAAAGCACCUCCUUUCUCCUCCACGACCUCCAUUUUUCUCUCCUUCUCUAGGGUUUCUCUUCCUCCCUCCUCCUCUUCUCUCAAGCUCCUUCCCCUUUCUCUGCAAUUCGGACCUCCCAAGCUUGCCUCCUCGUGCUCGCUUCGGUUUUCCGCUUCCAGAGCAAUGGCGGAGCUUAUCCAGGAUAAGGAGUCCGCCCAGAGUGCUGCCACCGCUGCUGCUGCUAGCUCCGGUUAUGAAAGACGGAAUGAGCCGGCUCACUCCCGCAAAUUUCUCGAUGUUCGCUCUGAAGAAGAGUUGCUCUCCUGCAUCAAGAAGGAAACAGAAGCUGGAAAGCUGCCUCCAAAUGUUGCUGCAGGAAUGGAAGAAUUGUAUCAGAAUUAUAGAAAUGCUGUUAUUGAGAGUGGAAAUCCAAAGGCAGAUGAAAUUGUUCUGUCUAACAUGACUGUUGCAUUAGAUCGCAUAUUGUUGGAUGUGGAGGAUCCUUUUGUCUUCUCAUCACACCACAAAGCAAUUCGAGAGCCUUUUGAUUACUACAUUUUUGGCCAGAACUAUAUACGGCCAUUGAUUGAUUUUGGAAAUUCAUUCGUUGGUAACCUUUCUCUUUUCAAGGAUAUAGAAGAGAAGCUUCAGCAGGGUCACAAUGUUGUCUUGAUAUCAAAUCAUCAGACUGAAGCAGAUCCAGCUAUCAUUUCAUUGUUGCUUGAAAAGACAAACCCAUAUAUUGCAGAAAACACGAUCUUUGUGGCAGGGGAUAGAGUUCUUGCAGACCCUCUUUGCAAGCCCUUCAGCAUUGGAAGGAAUCUUAUUUGUGUUUAUUCAAAAAAGCACAUGUUCGAUAUUCCUGAGCUCACAGAAACAAAAAGGAAAGCAAACACACGAAGUCUUAAGGAGAUGGCUUUACUCUUAAGAGGUGGAUCACAACUAAUAUGGAUUGCACCCAGUGGUGGUAGGGACCGGCCGGAUCCCUCGACUGGAGAAUGGUACCCAGCACCCUUUGAUGCUUCUUCAGUGGACAACAUGAGAAGGCUUAUUCAACAUUCGGAUGUUCCUGGGCAUUUGUUUCCCCUUGCUUUAUUAUGUCAUGACAUCAUGCCCCCUCCCUCACAGGUCGAAAUUGAAAUUGGAGAAAAAAGAGUGAUUGCCUUUAAUGGGGCGGGUUUGUCUGUGGCUCCUGAAAUCAGCUUCGAGGAAAUUGCUGCUACCCACAAAAAUCCUGAGGAGGUUAGGGAGGCAUACUCAAAGGCACUGUUUGAUUCUGUGGCCAUGCAAUACAAUGUGCUCAAAACGGCUAUCUCCGGCAAACAAGGACUAGGAGCUUCAACUGCGGAUGUCUCUUUGUCACAACCUUGGUAGUCAUUUGCAAUCAUUUUUCAACAUCAAUUCAUUUGGUAAUCAGGUUAGGACAUAGUUUUGCAUACCACAGGACAACACUGUCAUUCAAUUAGUACAUGUACUGUAAGAUAAAACCGAAUUCUUUCUCUCCUCGACGUCUCGAUGGAUUCUGCUAAAUUACCAGCCUAUAUCCCACCCUAAGCACGUGCCAUUUCAAUCGACAUCGAAGCACUUCGAAUACUUGGUCUCUCAUGGGAAUGUAUAGAUCUUUCAUAUCUCUUACACUAAAGGACUCGCAGAGGUUAUUCGUACUUUAUUUCUAAAGUGUAUAUGUUCACCCAUUUUCAUGUUUAUAUUAUAUGCUUCAAGAAUUAUUAUGUUCAAUUUGUAUUAUUAGUUGAUACCUUUUGGCUUAGAUCAUUCAGUCGAAGGUGCUCAAAUCUCAACUUUGUUUUUGCUCUUAAGUUGUUGAAGGAACAUUUUUAACA